AUGCUUAACUUCAAGUACACGCUUGGGCUCGACUCCUUUGAUGUUGACACGUUUAUUUCCCAGACGCUAAAAGGAGAAAAUCUAUCCAAGAAAGCAAAAGAAAAAAGGGAAGUUCUUCUUAAGAAGAUAAAAGAUGUUAAGGCAAGUUAUCCUCAAGAAUUCCAGGAUAAAGGAGAACUGGAAGAUGAGGAAGAAUCUGAGGGCUCUUUUUCUUCGCCUCCUGAUAGUGUCUCAAUAGCAUCUGACCGGUACGAUAAAGACGAUGAAGCACCUUCUGAUGGGAAUCAAUUUCCACCUAUUGCAGCUCAGGAUCUUCAGUUUGUUCUGAAAGCUGGAUACCUGGAAAAACGCAGAAAAGACCACAGUUUUCUCGGCUUUGAAUGGCAGAAGCGUUGGUGUGCUAUCAGUAAGACGGUCUUCUAUUAUUAUGGAAGCGACAAAGACAAACAACAGAAAGGUGAAUUUGCCUUAGAGGGCUACACCAUCAAAAUGAAUAAUAGCCUUCGUAAGGAUGCAAAGAAAGAUUGCUGUUUUGAAAUCUCCGCUCCUGAUAAGCGCAUUUAUCAGUUUACAGCUGCCACUCCCAAAGAAGCAGAGGAAUGGGUACAGCAAGUCAAAUUUGUAAUUCAAGAUAUGGAAUCUAAUACUAUUCCUGAGGAGGAAGAAGAGGAAUAUGAUGAUGUUGGACAAGUGAGCAGUGAACCUAUAGAUGAUAGCAUUUAUGAAGAAGUUAAAGAACAGGAUGAAGAACGUGUUCCUUCAAAGGCUGAAGCGCCAAGAAAACUGAGCCAGGAGAAAGUUCCCACCAUUUCAGAUGGCAAAAACACCGAUUACGCCAAUUUCUAUCAAGGUUUGUGGGACUGCACAGGGGAUGUACCUGAUGAGUUGACAUUUAAACGUGGUGACGUUAUCUACAUUCUCAGCAAGGAGUACAAUAGAUUUGGCUGGUGGGUAGGAGAAAUGAAGGGAACCAUUGGCUUGGUGCCUAAAGCCUACAUAAUGGAGAUGUAUGAUAUUUGAGAGGCCUGGGAGAAAUCUGCACUUGAAAUCAAGAGUGUUGUGCAGCUGCAGUUUACAGACCCGGCCUCUGAAAGAAGAAGAUUCUGCUGUACACGUUUCGUGGUUUCAGUGAACGUAGUCAGAUCAUUGCCUUAUGUAUAUUAAACAUUAAAAACUGUAAUUGAUCAUAAUUCUGCAGAAAUGUUCUUCUUAGACACUUUUUAUAGAGUUGUAAUGCUAGGAAAUGAAAUAGAUGGUAAUUAACAUAUGGGGCACAAACAGCCAAAUAGUGCCUGUUGCUCUGUUCUUAAGCGUAUUAGCAGCACUCUGUAAAGCUUUAGGUUUGUGUUCUUUCAGGGAAUUUGGCUAUGGUUUCCCGUCCCUCAGAUUUAGAAAAAUUAAGCUGAACUUCGAAAGUAGAAAGCUAUUACUCA